AUGACCUAGGCCGGCCAGCGGGGUCCUGGCAGACCCGAGCCGCAUCCCGGAGCUGGCCCAUGGCCUCCCCGCGCUUGGGGACCUUCUGUUGUCCCACUCGGGACGCUGCCACGCAACUCGUGCUGAGCUUCCAGCCGCGGGCGUUCCAUGCGCUGUGCCUGGGCAGCGGCGCGCUCCGCCUGGUGCUCGGCCUCCUGCAGAUGCUGCCCCGGCGCCGACCCGCCGGUCCCGGGGCCCCUUCCACCUCUCCGCCUGCCUCGGCCCGCAUCCUGAGGGCCGCUGCUGCUUGCGACGUCCUCGGCUGCCUUGGGAUCAUCCUUCGGUCGGCAGUGUGGCUGGGAUUCCCAGAUUUCGUUGAAAACAUCUCUGAUGGGAAUGGAACAGACAUUUGGCCUGCUGCUUUCUGUGUUGGGAGCGCGAUGUGGAUCCAGCUGUUGUACAGUGCCUGUUUCUGGUGGCUCUUCUGCUACGCGGUUGAUGCCUAUCUUGUGAUAAGGAGAUCGGCAGGACUGAGCACCAUCGUGUGGUACCACAUCAUGGCCUGGGGCCUGGCCCUCCUGCUCUGUGCAGAGGGAGCUGUCAUGCUGUACUACCCCUCUGUGUCCAGGUGUGAGAGAGGCCUUGACCAUGCCAUCCCACACUAUAUCACCACGUACCUGCCACUACUGCUCGUUCUGGUAGCUAACCCUGUCUUGUUCCAAAAGACAGUGACAGCAGUGGCCUCUUUACUGAAAGGAAGACAGGGCAUUUACACAGAGAACGAGAGGCGAAUGGGAGCUGUGAUCAAGAUCCGGUUUUUCAAAAUAAUGCUGGUUUUAAUCGCUUGUUGGCUGUCCAAUAUAAUCAAUGAAAGCCUUUUAUUCUACCUUGAAAUGCAACCAGAUAUCAAUGCAGGCUCUUUGAAACGUGUCAGAGAUGCAGCCAAGACCACGUGGUUUAUUAUGGGGAUACUGAAUCCCGCCCAGGGCUUCCUCUUGUCUCUGGCCUUCUAUGGCUGGACAGGAUGCUGCAUGGGUCUCCAGUCUCCCAAGAUGGUGAUCCAGUGGGAAUCCAUGACGACUUCAGCAGCCGAGGUGGUGGGCUCUUGCGUGCGUCCUGAAAACCUCACUUGCAGGAAGGUGGCUCCAGUUGGGGGACACACUUCUGAUGAGGCCCUCAGCAUGCUGUCAGAAGCUUCUGAUGCCAGCACCGUUGAAAUCCAUACUGCAAGUGGGUCCCGCAAGGAAAAUGACGUUGACAUGGCUCACCCAACUCAAGGACACCUGUGA